UACACAAAUGAUAAUUAGAUCUUAGACUCACAAAAAGGUUGAAAAUGAUGUUCCUUGAAAUUCUGUUUCUCCUGGGCCAAAUAAUUGUCAGCCACGCAUCAGAUCAUUGUGAUUCUCUGGAGGGGGUAUUGGCAAACUACCCCCAGUGCACAGCCAUUGAUUGCAUUGGUCUCACUUGCACGCCACCAGCUCCCUUUGAACACUUCACUGCUUCGUUUACAGUCAUAGAAUGCACGGAUCCAGUUCAAGUGAAUUUUACGAUUUUCUCAAGCAGUGGAGCAAUGUUCACAAGUUUGUUUGAUCGCAGUCAAGUGGUUCAGUUUGGUGGGGACAUGAGUGUCAAUGUGCAGAUGUCUCGCAAUGCAACACAUUUGGACUUUCAGGCAACCAUCUUCCACACUGCUACUGACUCAGUCACUCUCUUCCCUGAUUCGUUGAUUCCCCUCAACCCAGCCGACUGUAUGUGCUCAUCUCUGCAGGCUCUUGCUCAGAAACUAGAGAGUAUUCAUCCCAUAGUCGAGUCCGACUGCGUGACUACUCGAAACUGCACUGGUGUUCGAUGUGCACUCAAUAUAUCUGCUGACUUCACUGCAAUGUAUUUUGGUGAAGUGGUGGUUCUUCCUUGUUUGAAUGCUUUGGAGUUUUUGGUGGAAAAUUUACAAAGUCAAGCACUAAUUAUGGAUCGAUUUCAAGGGCCUAUUAAUGAGAACAGUACUAUAGAUAUUGGUGGAUUUCCGUUUAUUGCCGGGCAAAAAAUAACUGUGCAAGAUUACUCCAUGACGGCUAACUCCUUCCUCUAUGGAGAUGGUAUAGGUACAAUCAUGGUCAUACCUCAACAAACUAUCAUCCUCGAUCGAACACAGUGCAACGUUCCCGAAUUCCCAACAGUUCCCAUGCCAACCAGACUCCCACCCCCUCAGCCGGUAGCACCAGAUGCAUCGUCAGUAUGUGUAUCAUUGCACAAACUUGCUCAGGAUAUUUACGUAACUUCGCCUGUAUUUCGAUGUGAGCUAAAUGAUGCUUGUGAGUCUGGAUUCACCUGCGUGUUAAACGUUGUGUUUACUGAGUACAAAGUGGAUAUCAAGAUUACUGACAAUAGUGUGAUUUUCUCAAUCUUCAGUAUAGAUGGAAAGACUAGUUAUGGAGAGUUUAAGGGUAAUACUACUUUUAGGUUGCCAGAACCUCGUGGAGCAUACCUGGAUUUCAAACAAAAUGUGGAUGGUCAGAAAGUUGGAUUUAUGCUCCAGCUGCGUGUCUCUUUCCUGACGACUGGACAACAAACGGAGGAACUGAUUCCCUUCACCGUCAUUGCCUUCCCACCCCCCCAAACUAUGAACACUACCAACAUUACCGUCGUCGUGGUGACUGUGGUUAUUGCCAUACUACUGAUAAUCAUCACUGUGUGUGUGAUUCUGCUGAUAGCAGUGUUGUGUCUAUGCAAGCAAAAGAAAUCGCUGAGUCAGGGAGAACCAGCCUUCGAUUUCCGGGAAAUGUCUGAUUCAAAGGAAGGGAGCCGGUCUCUCAAGACAGCCGUUGAUGGUACACUAACCACUCAAGGCAAAGGCACUAAAGAUGGACAGGAGGUGGAUGAAGAGAUCAAGGUGGACUUGUGAACAGAGCUAACUUCAGCAUAAUUGCCAUGUAUUGAAGUCAGAGUAUUGAAGUUUGCAGAUUUAGUGGGAGGGGCUCAAUUAUAGAAUGGGUGUGCUAUUAAGGUGUGGUCUACAUUGCAUUG